AUGGCUGCAGAUGAGUCCAGUGUUCGAGUUGCAGUCAGAAUCCGGCCGCAGACGCCGUCGGAGGUGGUGGAGGGGUGCGGCGUGUGCGCCAGGGCGGGCGGCGCGGCGGGCGAGGGCGGCGUCGCCCUCGGCUCCGAGCGCGCCUUCACCUUCGACUACGCCUUCGAGCCGGCCGCCACGCAGGAGGAUGUGUACGAGACGUGCGUCAGGAAGCUCGUGGAAGCGGCCCUCGACGGUUACAACGCUACCGUGCUCGCCUACGGACAGGUUGGUUAUGCUCCCUCAUCGCCCUACAACCAACGCCUAACUGCCGUAGCGAUCGCCGUGAUCGUUGCACACACGGGAGAGCGUCGCGACGACGGGGUAACACGAUACGGCGACACGAUGCGGGCGUUUUGUAUGACGGUCAAUUCAGGAGUAGGACCUAUUUGCGCGGAUUGCGCGCCGUCACAAAAAGCCGUCACUGGCACUACGGCUAUGACGUGCCGGGAGUUCGUUGACCCCGCGCUCUUGACCGGC